AUGGAUAACACAGGGAGAUUUAAGGUACCUAGUAUCAAUAUCGAAGAUACAAAUAAAAGAAGGCUGCGAAACAAUACUCCAUCUGUUACUUCUAGUGUCAACGCCAGCAACAAUUUAAGAGUGAGCAGCAGCAUGAAUUUGAAUAUUCAGCAUAAACCUUUGCAUUUUGGAGGGAUGACAAGUGUCAAUCCCAAUACUACUCGUGGUAAGAAAGUGUAUAUUAAGAAAGGAUUUAGUACAAUAAACUGGUAUGAAUUAAAUAAUGAAUCUAGCAAAAUCCAAGGAAAUCAAUUAAUUAGUGGACUUGGUAAAUUAAUUCAAAAUGAGGAAUUUAUUAAAUUAAAUGAAACAGAGAAUCUAAUUAAUUUACAACGUUUUGUUAAUAAUUAUAAUAAAAUCGAACUUUACAAGAUACGACCUAUGUUUAAGAUUAAUCAAAAGAUUUUAAGUGAACAUCAAGAAGUUGAUGAUUGUUGGUGUGUUAUCAAGGGAAGAGUGUACAGUAUAAGUAGAUAUAUGGAUUAUCACCCUGGGGGUAAGCAGAUAUUAAUCAAUACGUGUUUGGGCAAGGAUGUGAGUAAUUUAUUUGACAAGUAUCACAGGUGGGUCAAUGUUGAUAAAUUAUUGGAGAAAUGUUGUGUUGGUGUUUAUACAAGCUCAUACUAG